GCGCGGGCCAGCAGUUACUACUACUCUUCACUCCCAUCCCACCAUACUUUCUUCUCUCUCCUCCUCUCUCUCUCUAAAAAUACACAGACACACACACACACAGUUCUUUUCUCUAUCAACCCCUUUUUAAUUUUCUUCAACCUUCGUCACAUGUUGUUCACUUAUAGCAGUACGUUGUCAUUUACUCCCAAUUGUUAGCGCUUUCAUUCAUACAGCGAAGAAAUGGGGUUCAAGUAGAGAGAAAGGAUGCGAGAAAUUCUAGCUCCAGCUCUUUAACUUUGUUUUGUACUAGGUGAUCAUUUUUGGCCGGAAAAUGGGGAAGAAAGGCGGCGGAGGCGGCUGGUUUUCGUCGGUGAAGAAGGUCUUCAAGCAAUCUCCAAACAAGGAAUUGCAGCAUGAAAAAAAGAAGGAAACUGUCGAAAAAUGGCAUUAUGAAGCACCGGAGGUCGUGUCCCUUGAGCAUUUCCCGGCGGAGAGUUCUCCAGAUGUGACGAAUGGGGAGAGCAUUCGUUCGUCUCCAGUGGCAGAGGAUCAGAAUCAUGCUAUGGCCGUGGCUGUGGCGACUGCAGCUGCGGCUGAGGCGGCUGUGGCAGCUGCUCAGGCUGCUGCUAAGGUGGUUAGAUUAGCUGGAUACGGGCGCCAGUCUAAGGAAGAAAGGGCUGCAACUCUGAUACAAUCUUAUUACAGAGGAUAUCUGGCUAGACGGGCUUUACGUGCUUUGAAGGGCUUGGUGAGGCUGCAGGCUCUUGUAAGGGGCCACAACGUGCGAAAACAGGCGCAGAUGACAAUGCGGUGCAUGCAAGCGCUUGUACGCGUGCAGGCUAGGGUUCGUGCACGUAGGCUUCAAAUUGCCCACGACAAGGCACGGGGAAAGUUGGAGGAUGAGCAGAAAAGAUUCAGACAUGACGAAGAAGUUCAGAGGAUGAGGAGUCGAACGAAGAAGCUUGAGAGUUGUGAGGAGUGGGAUAGGAGGAACCAGAGUAUGAGUAAAAUCAGGGACAGUCCUGCAAGAAGAUUACAUGAUUCGGAGAUGAAGAGGGACAGAGCUCUUGCCUAUGCUUCAGCCUAUCAGCAACAGCAAAUGAUGCAUUCUGAUAUGAAUGAUGAAAAUGUGGAGUUGUAUGACGAGGGGACGGACAAGUCAAAGUGGGGAUGGAACUGGCUCGAGCGGUGGAUGGCGGCUCAGCCCUACCAUCCACGGCCCGUGGUGGCGCGUGAGAACACCACCACCGAUAACAUGUCCGAGAAAACAGUUGAAAUGGAUUUGAUCAUGCCAUUGGGGUCGGAGAAUGUUAACAUGGGCCGACUCAGCGGAGACUACAUCGAAUCAAGCCCAUAUACAUCUCGACAGCCACGACGAUCGGGCCUGGAUGACGCCCCUAGCUACAUGGCCCCAACUCAGUCUGCAAAAGCAAAAGUCCGAAUUCAAGGCCCAGUCAAGCAACGGAGCCCACCAGGAGCCCAAUGGAACUCAUCGACAAAGAGGGGUAGUGUUAUUGGGUUGGGCUACGAGUCGUCGAGCUCAGGUGGAGGUACAACAACAUAUCUGGCCCAAAGAAGCCCAAACCCAAAAGAAAACAAUCGUGGGCCUGGGAAAUGGAUGCGUAGCCCGGAAUCAAGCAGUGAGGAUCGGGCCGUGGCUUGGAGACAUAAUUUUGGGUGAAUUUUUCUUUUUUCCCAUGAAAUUGUGUGGUUAAGUGUAUUGUGUGUUAAUACUUUGUCUAUUUAAUAGUUUUGUGUGAUAAAUAAUAAUGUUGUGAACAUAUUUAAAGGA